GCGAAGGGAGGCCGGGCGGGGCUUGAGCGGCGAUUGGCUGCCUUCGGCCGAGGCGGGAAAAACAGACCUUGUUGGCAUUGCCGGCGGUGUCUUGGGUCUCGCGCGGGGCUCUCUCUCCCCCUCUCUGAUUGGUGCGCGGCUCUGGUGUCGUCACUUCCUCUGGAGCGUGAGGAGAAUGUGUGGUAGGGGGCGUUAGGGAAGUUGAAAGUCUGUGCACCCUUUUCCAGAUUGACUCCUCUGGCCAAGGAAAUCCUGAUGUGCACAUUCUGCUAUGGAUCCCCUGGCUCAUUGCAAAGGACUCUGCGACAUGUUUUAAGGCAGGCAUCUGCCUUAAACCAGCUAACCCUGGGAGCACAUGAAUGGCAGACAUCUCCUGGCUGCUUCUAUAAUUUCUGUCCAGAACUCCAAUUUUGUAUAUCCUUCAUGUCAAAACUGCUUUUCCAGGCUACUCCUAGAUUUAAAGAGGUACAGUUGCCUGAAGUGUGGCUGCUCAGGUGACUCUAGGGAAGCGAACUACAGGUAUCGACUCUCACUAGAGGUAGCUGACACUCGUGAUGUAUUUGAGGUGACAGUAUUUGGAAGCUGUUUGGAUACUUUCUUUGGAGUGACAGCAAAGGGACUGCAGAGGUACAUUGAAGAACUGAAACAAGAAGCAAGAGGACCAGACAGGGAUGAAGUUCUGGGUUUGGUAUUUCAAGCAGUUGAAACGUGCUUCCUUGGGAAGAAAUUUGUCUUUGGAGUUAAGGAUUCUGAUAAGCAGGAUGGCACCGGCUCCGUGCAAAAUGGCUGCCAGAUUGACAAGAACUCCAGAGCUCUCACUGCCUGUCAGAUGGUUGUACCAAACGCUGGUCUUGUGGGCUGCACUGUUAUACAAUACCUCAAGGAGCUGCAACGUUCUUACUCCAAACAUAGCCAUGGGGGCUUCUGGCCUCCUGACUGCUUUGCAGCAUUUGAUCAACCAAGCAGAGAACUCAGUGGCCUGCAUGGCUCUGGCACCUUGGGUGCAGUUCCAUCAAGUUGCAUAGAUGUUAUUUCAAGCCUCUGGCCUCAAUCCUUUGGACUGACUUCCUCCUGCGUUUCUUCAGGAACAGCCACUGAUCUUGUAACUCUAAGUACAAGCAAGGCUGCCCAGGAUGAGCCAAACUCGGAUGAUAGUCCAGUUUCUUUGCAUAGCCUGUCAGUCUUCAAGCCCCAGGACCGUAACCUGACUGUGAAUACGAAAAAAGAACAGAAAGAUAAGAAAUGUCAUUUGCACGAUGUCACUGAAAAGAGUGAAGCAGAAGGCUAUUCCUCAUUAAGAAGAAAAGACUGCAGAUCAUUGCUUAGCCCCUUAGAAUUAGAGGAGAGAGACUCUCCGCUGAGAAAAAUUAGCAUCCAGUGCAGCGAUGGACUGGAAAAAUCAUGGACCUCAUUCCCACCCCAGACAUACGAUAGAUCUCUUUCCUCCCUUGGUCCAUCUUCCAGUCGCAUUAGAGCAGGUGAAAACACUCAAGAAGCUCCAUGGCUUUGGGAUGAGCUGCCAUCAUCUGAAAGUUUCAAUGAAUUCAUUGCCAAAAUUGAAAAUGACAAAGCCAUGGUGUUGCCAACAAAAGCUGAGCAUUUCCCCAGUCAGAACGCUGAUGAAUUCCAUGGACCUUUUAAGCAGUCGUCUCCCAAUCCAGGCAUUUGCAGUGCCAAUUUCAUUACUGAAGAGUCAGGUGAGAAACUGAAGAAGCUAGCUGGGAAGAUGGAAAUGUGCAAAGAAGAUAAUUUCCCUUGCCACCAGCUGAAUCUUCCAUGCUUCGUUAGCAACAGAUAUCACCAAGAAGCCUCUUAUACCUCUUUACCCACUGAAGAAAAGGAAAAUUUGGGGUGUUGGUCCAACCAGCACCCAGAUCUUUCACCUUGGUCCACCCCAACUGGAAUUAAACGUUCUCAUUCAAAGGGAAGCUGUCUGUCAUCCAAGGAAGGAGUUGGCCAAGAUGUCAGUAGUUGUAAGAGUCUCAAUUCCUGCUCAUCUACCAACAACUGUCUCAAAAGCCCUUGUUUACAAACCAGGAAGACUACCCACUUAAACUGUAAUGGGGAUGGUAAUUUAGACAAAUGGGAAAAUACAGGAAGUGUUAGCGAUCCACUAAACCAAAUGGCUGAUCUCACAAACACCCAGGAACAGGGUUUCACCCUGGAAACUUGUGAAAAAACAGACAAAGUUUGUGAAAAAGAGAGAGAGUUGCUCUCAGAAGUGCAAAAUUAUAAUUUUAGAGAGGCUGAGGUCAGCGGUUCCGGUUCCCCUGAGGGCAGUUACAAUGCUUCAGCUGAUCUCUUUGAUGCUACUACCAGACAGGCAGAAGCCACUGUACGAUUGUUCAACUUAGCACCAGCUUUCUCUCCACAGGAGGGCACAUUGAACAAGAAGUGUAUAAGAUCUGAAGCUAUGCUGAGUGAGCAAGAUGCUAGCUGGAAUACUUCUUGGCAUGGACUGUCCUUACAUAAAGUGUUCACUACACCUCAUCAGAAAACAAGCACCCCAGUUUCUGGUUCCAUAUCUGAGUUUGAGCACAGCCCUGCAGGUACUCCAGGCUUUGUUCCUGAUUCCCAGUCGACUCCCCUUUCCAGACCUUUUCGACAAGUAAGCCUCCCUAGAGGGAGAGAAUCCAUUCUUACCAAAUUGCCACGGAAUAAAUUGUCUUGGAUCAAUGCCAGAUGCAAAAGACCCAGGCCUUCCUUGAAAAAUUAUUUAGCGAAACAGCUUGUCAGCAAGUUCCCGCAAUCUAGAAAGUCGAGCGAUGCAAAUUCUGUUAGCAUCAAUUCAUCUGGUCCUCAGCAGCUAUCUAUCAAAGUAAGUCCAGCCCAGAGGCUGUCUGAAAACGAUGAUGAGGAAUGGAUUCCUCCGUCGGAGAAAAAAUGGAUACAUCCACUUGCUUUCCAGAACGGAAAAACUUUGAGGAGCGAUGCCAGUUGCCAAGUUGCAGAGAAGUCUCCUCUUUCUGAAAACAAAGUAAGGUUUGUGAUUCCAAAGUCUAAUGUUAGCUUAAGGAAGGUAGAAUUCAUUCAUAAAAGGCAACAGCCGACAGAGACUAGAUUUGAGGAUGGACCUGUUCCUGAAGAUGGUGUUUAUCUCAGACAGCUCAUGAAUGAAUCCCUCAGCUCCUCUGCUUCUUCAGACGUCAACGGGCCAGGCCCUUCUUCCACACCUGGCAGCAUGCAUAACACUGCAGAUUGGUCUUCUGAACUGUUCGUGUAAUAAAACAGCCAGCUUGGAGGCCACUUUGUCAAAUUCAUCUACUUGUAUGUAAGUUUCCUUUCAAAACAUCCUUUUUGGUCAGCGUUGUGCCUUUUGACAUGUUCUCAGUUACGAGUAGUUUUCUGAAGUGAUUGUGAAAUGGGAAAGGGCUAUUUUGAAGGGAAAAAACACUAUUGUUUGCUAUUCCUCUUGGCACUUUUAAACAAUGAAUUAUGUCUGUUGGACUGAGCAUUAAGUCACUAUUUGCUGGAAGACAAAAUAAAAUGUUGCCUCUA